AUGGCAUCUCUGCGACAAUGUAUAUCGCCGGCGAUCUCAUCCGUUCAAGACCCAGCGCUUUCGUCGUCUCGAGAUCAUCAAGCCACCCUCCAUACGCCAUUCUUCGGCCUCUCAUUGUCCAAUGUCCCGCAAUCGGGGACACUCCACGUGUCCGCUCCCACCGCGAUCGGCGCAGGCGUCUCCUCGCAGCGCCUCACUGUCACUGCGAAGGCGAAUCCGAAGCAUCAGGAGCAUCAGCAGCCGUCGAAGAAACCAGGAUCAACGACCAAGAUCGCUUCUCGCCGCCAGACCAACACCCGAGUCGCGGUUCCAGGCUACCAAGGCGGGAACCGAACGGAAGGCGACGCGUCGUCGGACGAGGACGCGGCGCGCGCGGAGGAUCUGCGCGACGCGCUGAAGGAGGCUCAGUUCGUGCGGUGGUUCCGCGAGGCGUGGCCGUACAUCCAGGGCCACCGCGGCAGCACGUUCGUCAUCGUCGUUCCCGGCGACGUCGUCGCGAACCGUCAGAUCUUCGACUCCAUCCUGCAGGACGUCGCGCUGCUGCACGGGCUAGGGGUGCGCAUAGUUCUCGUGCCGGGGAGCCACGUGCAGAUCAACGAGCUCCUCGAGGAGCGCGGCGUCGCGUCUGUGUUUCACGGCGCGUAUCGCGUGACGGACACGGAGGCGCUGGCGGCGGCGAUGGAGGCGUCGGGGCGCACGCGCGUGGACAUCGAGGCGAAGCUGUCGCGCGGCCCGGUGAUCCCCGUGCUAAGGCGGCACGGCGAGAGCGAGAAGUGGCACGAAGUGGGCAUCAGCGUCGCCAGCGGCAACUUCGUGCACGCCAAGCGGCGGGGCGUGGUGGGCGGCGUGGACUACGGGGCGACAGGCGAGGUGAAGCGCGUGGACGUGGCGCGCAUCAGGAGCCGCCUCGACAGCAGCUGCGUCGUUCUCCUCAGCAACCUCGGCACAUACGAGGUAGCUACAGCGUGCGCCAUAGGCCUGGGAGCGGACAAGCUCAUCUGCCUGCUGGACGGGGCAGUGGCGGACAACCGCGGGCGGCUGAUUCGGUGGCUGACGCUGCAGCAGGCGGAUGUGAUUAUAAGGAACCGCGCCACGCAGAGCUACACUGCCGCGGAGUACGUUAAGGCGGUUGCCGGGGAGGAGUAUAUUCGGAGCCUCGGGCUCGUCGGCGCGCAGGGCGGCGCGGGGGGCGCGGGGGAGGGGGACGGCGCGGGGGAGGGGAGGCGGAAGAAGGGGAAGCGGGGGAAGAAGAAGCGGGGGGAGGGAUGGGGGGAGGGGUCGGAUGGAGCAGGGGGAGGGGGAGGAGGAGGAGGAAGAGGAGGAGGAGGAAGAGGAGGAGGAGGUGACAGCGAGUAUGGAGAGAUGGAAGGCGCAGCGCGCGCUGUAUAG